GGAGAAGACAACUACGAACAAAGCAGAGAGAGAGAGAGAGCUUCAUAAACCCUAAUAGAUCAAAUUUCUCCAUUUCCGGUCAAGAUCAAUAUGAAUAUUUUCAGAUUAGCCGGUGAUAUGACUCACCUCGCUAGUGUUCUUGUCUUACUUCUCAAGAUCCACACCAUCAAAUCUUGCGCCGGUGUAUCGUUAAAGACUCAAGAACUCUACGCCAUUGUCUUCGCGACGCGAUAUUUAGAUAUACUUACGAGUUUUUAUUCUAUCUAUAACACUCUAAUGAAGUUGAUAUUCUUAGGAAGUUCUUUUUCAAUAGUUUGGUACAUUAGGUAUCAUAAGACUGUUCAUAGGACUUAUGAUAGAGAACAAGAUACGUUUCGUCAUUGGUUCCUUGUGCUUCCUUGCAUUCUCUUAGCUCUUUUGAUUCAUGAAAAGUUUACCUUUCUCGAGGUCCUGUGGACUUUUUCAUUGUACUUGGAGGCUGUUGCUAUACUUCCUCAGCUUGUUUUGCUGCAGAGAACUAGAAAUAUCGACAACUUGACUGGACAAUACAUAUUUCUCCUCGGGGGAUACCGAGGAUUCUACAUACUCAACUGGAUUUAUCGUUACUUCACUGAACCACACUUUGUUCACUGGAUAACAUGGAUCGCUGGGCUUGUUCAAACAUUGCUCUACGCCGAUUUCUUCUACUAUUACUUCCAAAGUUGGAAAAACAAUAAAAAGCUGCAGCUACCAGCUUAGUCUCUAAUUUUUCGAUGCUUAAGACGGGAAAUUUGGGAUUGAUUACUACUGGUUAUAGAAGAGAAGGUUAUAUAGAAUGUGUAAACUCUCCAGUGAUCUAACUUGUUGUACUUUUUCUUGUCAUAAAAACUGUUUUUGUUUUGCUUCAAGAUUAGUGUACUAAAUUUCUUUAUGAACAUUGAACAUUAUUUUGAAUGCUCUCAAGUAUAAAGAGUUAAUUUGUGGAAUCUAUAAACUGUAUUAAAUUGAGAUUUUAGCA